AUGAUGCUUGACUCAGGGAUUGACAGAGGCCUCAUUGAUCUUCUGGAACGGGGCUCAGAGGUUGCUCAGCACCACGCCAUAGCUGUUCUAAAAGCUUUCUACGAGAUGGGCGGGCUGCGCGGACGUUUCCAGGCCGGUCAGCUGAAUCUUCUUCCCUGGGAUGCAAGACUGAGCCUGGAGAGAUUCGUCUUGUCUGAUAGAUCCACAGCGGCAUCGCCAAGGCCUCAGACGGAGGAAGAGACCUUCGAUACGAUUGUAGGUGGAGACCGUAAGCAGAUCCUGAAGGCCAUGCAGGAUCUCAUUCCAAUCAUCGAGAAGGCUGGGAAUCCGAGAAUCCGGGAGAUGAUAUUACGCAGCCCCUUGGUAGAAAGUUUGGCAGACAUGUUGAGGAAUGUGAGUUCCGACCAGGAUAGGAUGGAAUCGGCCUUCCUGCUGACGACACUGGCUUGCUCAGGCGGAGAAUCAGUCCUGCAGAAGUUGCUAGAUCACGACGUUGUCCCUGAGCUGGUGCAGAUAAUGAAUAACCAGGUAGUGGACGUGCAGUAUUCAGCCUAUAUGGCUCUCCGUCAGAUGCUGUUCUGUUCGGGACGCAAAACGCUUCUGAAACAGAUCCUGAAGCCCGACCAAGUGGAGACGUUGUUGGCUCACGCUCUCAGCGCUGGAUCCGUCAAGACCAGGGAGCUGAGCAUGCUCUUGAUCCUCGAUCUGGUCAAAAUGGGAACUAAGUCCUGCGUGGAGCGCAUGUUCGACCUGCAGGUGGCGGAGAAGCUCGUCAGCCUGGAGAAAUCAGGCGGCGUCUUCAGCGGUGUCCUCGUGAACUUCCUCAAGGGGCUCGACAAGAGCAAGGUUCUCUCUGCCGCCGAGAGGAAAGUGAUGAGGCAGAAGGUCGUCUGGAAAGUCAACACAUCGAUGAAGGGCUACGACAAUGAAUCGAGUAUCAUCGCCGCAGUGGAGGCUUACGUUUCUGGAGGUUCCGAGGCUUCCAGCAGCAGCAGCAGCAGCAGCAGCAGCAGACCAUGA